AUGUCAGAACAACCAGAACAACCAGAAGAAACUGUCGUCGUUGAGGAAGAAGUUGUCGUGGAAGAGGAAUCUACUUCGGUCUCCAUUGAAGACUGCUUGAAGACCGUCUUGAGAACCGCUUUGGUUAAUGACGGUUUGGCCAGAGGCUUGAGGGAAGCCACCAAGGCUUUGGCCCAAGGUGAGGCACAGCUAUGUGUCUUGUGUGAUUCUGUUACUGAGCAGAAUAUCAUCAAGUUGGUUGAAGCUUUGUGCAAUGCCCCAGAUGAGAAGAUUCCUUUGAUUAAGGUCUCUGACGCCAAGCAACUCGGUGAGUGGGCUGGUUUGUGCACCUUAGAUAGAGAAGGCAAUGCCAGAAAGGUUGUUGGCUGCUCUUGUGUCGUCAUCAAGAACUGGGGUGCCGACACCGAAGAGAGAUCUGUUUUGUUGGAGCAUUUCUCCCAGGAGUAA